AUGGUCCAGACUGAUACUAAUGCCUUCUGGAAGUUUAUCAAGGAUAAAAAACACAACAAUACUGACAUCCCUUCUUCAAUGUCCUGGAUCAACCAAUCAGCAUCUACUGGACAAGACAUUAAAGUUUCGGACGUCAAGGACCUGGGAAUUUUAAUCGACAACAAACUCACCUUUGAAAAGCACAUUGACAAAAUAAGUCUGCAAGCAUUCAAAGUUAACAGCCUAGUUGAUCGGCGUCAGGUUGCAGACCUAGCGUUUUUCUACAAAGUUGCGAAUGGGCAAAUUGAUGCACCUGAAAUCCUCAGCAGCUUUGAGUUUGCCCCCUCUAUACUAUCACUCAGGCAUAAUCGCCUAUUAAAAACGACAAAGACACAUAAAAAUUACGUCUUCCAUGGGCCGCAUAACAGGAUCGCCAACCUCGUCAACUCUUUGCACACAGACAUCAACUUCUACGGUGGUACCUAUCAAGCUUUCAUCACGAAUACCAAAAACAAAAUACUUCCCUAUCGUUGA